AUGGUUCGGAACCCCCUCCUGCUCCUCCUUCUUGUCGGCGUAAUCGUGGCGCUAUGCUCCAUCGUGUCCCCUGCAGCGGCCGAGAGAGCGCUUCUGCAGGAUAGCAGCUCCGCCCGUGUUUUAUUUGGGAUUCGUGUUUGCACCAUAUUCUUCACCGGUGGAGUUAAGCUGAAGCCCCAAGAAAUUUUCCUCUCUGAUCCCGACAGACUGCCGCCACAGCUCCAAAUCAGGAGGGGUGGGACCCGCAUUGAAAAUCAAGGGGAGAAAGAGAUUCGUGGUGAGUAG